GGGAGUUAUAUUUUGGGGUGAUAUGAUAAACUUCUAAAAUUAUUGUUCCUGACUGACUCUGAUACGAUAAAUAUUUAUUCUACAGGCUGAGUUCAAUGAAGUUAUUAUUCAAUCCCCUAAAGACGAUACGGGUGAGCUCGUAAAAGCUCUUCAGGAAACAAAAAUCAUUAACUGGAAUCAACCUAUGGAAAUACCAUUUGCAUCACAACACAUAAAAAAUGUCAUGUACGCAAUAAAGAGCGAGAGGAAUUUUGAAUUUAGCAGUAUUACAUCAACCGAAACGUUUUAUUUGGAAGACGAUGCACCUAUCUAUGAUGUCACAUUACCACCAGAUUUUACAUUCAAGCUCUUACCGAAGGAGUACGCCAAAUUAGUAGACGACGUGUGGCCUCACCGCUACCCAUCUUCGUUGUGGUACUUCGAGCUCUUAAUAAAGGCCCAACUUGGUUACGGACUUUUCCACAACGACGAACUUAUUGCCUGGUGUUUCGUGAAGGAAAUGGGGGCGCUCGGUCAUCUCUAUACAUUGGAACAGCACAGAAGGAAAGGUUACGGUGAAAUGGUGCUAAAGCUAAUGUCAAAUAGACUGAGAGAAGACGGGAAAAAAGUCGUGGCGUUCUGUGUUAUUGGCAAUGAGAGCGCUAGGAAGAUGUAUGUGAAACUCGGGUUUAGUUUGACGGAAACAGUUCAUUGGUGUAAUAUUAAACCUAAAUCAAGUGAUUGAGUGAAAAGAUUGUAUUGAAAUUAAAACAAACAUGAUAAACCAAUUGUGAUAUAAGUCUGAACUCUGUUAUUACUCACAUAGAGUAAUUUUUAAAAUAUGAUCUGUCUGUAACAGGUGAUGUUAUUGGUAAUUCUAAGGAUUUAUAUUACAUUAGCAGAGAUCAAUCUGAUAUUUAAUGAGGAUUUCGCUGAUUAAAUAAUAUAAUCAUACCGUCACUAUAUAUUUUUAUCUAGUUCGUCUAUAUACAUAAUUAAUAAUUGUA